CCCAGUUGAGGUCGGUGCUUUCAUUGAAUGGGCAUAUCAAAAUGGCGGACCAAGAAGUCUCGGUGAGGGAGUUCGUUGCUGUUACAGAUGUUGAUGAGGAGAGGGCCCGUUUUUUCUUGGAGUCUGCAGGCUGGGAUUUGCAGCUUGCCCUGGCCAGUUUCUUUGAAGAUGGUCCUGAGGAUGACAUCGUGACACUUCCUCAGCCAGAGAGUGGUGGAUCCUCUGUGCCUCGUCCUACGGGGCCCAGGAGUGAAAAUAGGGUGACCUCCUUCAGAGAUAUGAUGCAUGAGGAAGUAGAUGACAGUGAUGAGGAGGAAGGGCAAAGGUUCUUUGCUGGGGGCUCUGAACGCAGUGGGCAGCAGAUAGUGGGACCCCCCAAAAAGAAGAGCUCUAAUGAGGUGGUGGAGGACCUCUUCAAGGGGGCUAAGGAGCAUGGGGCUGUACCCGUGGAGAAGGCUGGGAGGGGCCCAGGAGAGCCUAGUCGAGCCAGGCCCUUUAUUGGUGGUGGCUACCGGCUUGGUGCAGCGCCUGAGGAGGAGCCUGUUUACGUGGCUGGGGAGAGAAGAGCAGCUAACAGCCAGCAGGAUAAGGUGCAUAUAGUCCUGAAGCUGUGGAAGACAGGUUUCAGCCUGGAUGACGGUGAACUCAGAAACUACAGCGACCCUGGAAACGCCAUCUUCCUGGAGUCCAUCCGCAGGGGCGAGAUUCCUUUGGAGUUGAGGCAGCGUUCCCGAGGGGGUCAGGUCAACUUGGAUAUGGAGGACAAUCGGGAUGAGGACUUCUCCAAACCCAAGGUUGCCUUCAAGGCAUUCGGUGGGGAAGGACAGAAACUGGGCAGUGCCACCCCUGAGCUGGUGUCUGCUCCGUGUAUGGGGGACCAGGAUCCGGUAGCCAGUGAGACCCAGGCCAUCGCCUCUGUGAACCUGGACGCCUCCCAGCCUGUGACCAACAUCCAGAUCAGACUGGCCGACGGGGGGAGACUGGUGCAGAAGUUCAACCACACUCACAGUGUGUCAGACGUGCGUCAGUUUGUGGUGGGAGCUCGCCCUUUGAUGGCGGCGACAGAGUUUGUGCUCAUGACAACCUUCCCCAACAAGGAGCUUACUGACGAGAGCCAGUCGCUGCAGGAUGCCAACCUGCUCAACGCAGUCAUUGUGCAGCGACUAAAGUGAUGGAGCCCCCUGGUGGCCAAGCUGGUUCACAGCUCUUUUACCCCCUGGAGGAACGAGACACCAUGGACUUAUGGACUUUUUUUUCUUUCUAUAGUGAUGAUACAUUUUCCCUCUUCGGCUGUUUGCGAGGGGACGUGGGGAGCGGAUAAGGCUUUUGAUGAGAGACAGAUCUGGUGGUAAAACCUGUUUAGAAAGUAGCAGUUGAACAUGCACAGUAACAAUAAAUCUUUCUUAACAGCUUCAGAGAUUGCUUUAGAUGUUUAUAAUACUGUCAUUUUUGUUUUGUUCAUCUUCCAAUCAUCUCUUCUUUGGCUCAACUCUUGCCUGCUUUUUCCACGCAAGUUUCCAUCAUCUCAACUGAAAAUGUACCCCUGCAUCCCUGACGUACACCAAUAGCCUGCUCCCAUCAAUUCACAACAAACCAUCAACAACAAAAGAAAGAAUGGUUUUAUUGAGACUUUCUUUUACCAAUAUAAACUGGGUGUAUAACACAUUAAGGACACCUUCCUAAUACUGAGUUGCAACCCCCCCCCCCCCCCCCUUGCCCUCAGGACAGCCUCAAAUCAUAGAGGAGUGGACUUUUAAAUUUAUUUAAAAAAAAAUAUUAUUUACAAUGACGGCCUACCCCAGCCAAACCCAGACCUGGACGAUGCUGGGCCAAUUGUGCGCCGCCCUAUGGGACUCCCAAUCACAGCCGAUUUUGAUACAGCCUAGAAUCGAACCAGGGUCUGUAGUGAUGCCUCUAGCACUGAGAUGCAGUGCCUUAGACCGCUGCGCGGCUCUGGAGCCCAAAUGUAGGAUCUUAAUUUGAGAACAGAACAGCCUAAUUUCGUUGGGUGCAUGGACUCUACAAGGUGUUGAGAGCGUUCCACAGGAAUGAUAGCCCAUGUUGACUUCAAUACUUCCCACUGUUGUGUCAAGUUGGCUGGAUGUCCUUUGGGUGGCGGACCUUUCUUGAUACACACGGGGAAACUGUUGAGCGUGAAAAACCCUGCAGCGUUACAGUUCUUGACACAAACCGGUGCACCUACUACUACAACCCGUUUGAUUUAAUAUAUUAGGAUUCCCAUGGCAACGCUAAUGGUGACAGCUAGUCUUACUGGGGUCCGAGACAUAACGAAAAAGACAGACGAAAGACAUCACAAUUGACAUACAUUUAAAAACAUAAACAUGUAAUGUGUGUGUGCAUCUAUCAGUUACACAUACUGUACAUGUCAGUACAUAAUCACAAGUGGGUCACAUUUGGGGAGAGGCGUUGUGCUGUGAGGUGUUGCUUUAUUUGCUUUUUUGAAACCAGGUUUGCUGUUCACUUGUCCUAUAUAAGAUGGGAGUUCCAUGCUCUCAUAGCUCUGUAUAAUACUGUACGUUUCCUUGAAUUUGUUCUGGACCUGGAGACUAAAAAGAAGUGUGUGUCAGUUCUUUGUGUAAGUUGACUUUCCAACACAAUGCUUCUUAUAAAAACAAGAAGUGACGCAA